UAACAUACCAGGUAACAACCAGUAUCCAAUCCAAUAGUAGAAAUGGAGAAGCCUUCUCCUCUGCUUCUCCUCUUCCUCUUUUCUGCCAUUUUUACACACACUAACUCUGAAUCUCCAGAUCACUACUUCAAGAAUUUAUCACCUACACUCAAAACCACUUUCUCUAAACCUAAAUACAAAGAAUACUUCGAACUCAUUCGUCCUCUGCCGUUUGACCAUUUGACUCCAUCUUAUGCUCACCAUAUCAUCCACCACACGUUCGCCAACACCGUUAAUCGUCCUCCGUACACCGUCCCAUACGAUCCUCCUACUGGUUGCCCUGCCCCUUGGCUCCGCGUGGCUCUCGAAUUCCGCGCCAAUUCCCGCGGCGACCAGUACGAUCGCAUCGCCGGAUUGUGGCUGGGCGGGGCUGAGCUCCUGCGCACCAGUACGGCUGAGCCUACCGAGUCCGGUAUCUACUGGUCUGUUCGAAAGGAUAUUACUCGUUACUCUUAUCUCUUGAAACAGAGAAACCUUAAUUUCAGUAUCAUGCUCGAAAACAUCGUUAAUGACGUUUACACCGGCGUUUACCAUAUCGACGUUACAAUCUUCUACUACAAAGAUACUACCGUUCGGGCUCCGUUAAUGGGUAACAAUUUCAUAAGCCUUUUUACUAAAAAACAAGGCUUAAUUAGAGAAGAAAGGUUGGCUAAUGGUGUAUACGAAUCGCCAGCUGAUUUGAUAAUUCCUAUUUCUUCGUUUCAUGAUAGUAAAGGCCAUUGGUUUAGAAUCGAAGGAGAAUCAGAUGCUCAUUUAAAGAAAUUGAGAUUCCCAAGCAACACACACAGAGCCAUUUUAGAAUUGUAUGUGUCGUUUCAUGGAAACGAUGAAUUUUGGUACUCUAAUCCAUCAAAUACUUACAUAAGAAUGAAUAAUUUGACUACUUUGCGAGGAAAUGGAGCAUUUAGGGAGGUUUUUGUUACAAUUGACGGAAUGUUUGUGGAUUCAGAAGUGCCAUUUCCAGUAAUUUUCACUGGUGGGAUUAAUCCUUUGUUUUGGGAACCUGCAGUUGCUAUUGGUGCAUUUGAUCUGCCUACUUAUGAUUUCGAUUUGACGCCAUUUUUAGGGAUUCUUUUGGAUGGGAAGGAUCAUAUGAUUGGUGUUGGUGUUAGUGAUAGCAUUCCUUAUUGGCUUGUUGAUGCUAAUUUGCAUCUUUGGUUAGAUACUGGGUUAGCAAGUGUAGAAGCAAAAUCUGUUGUUUAUGAAAAUCCAGGUUCUUCCGUUAAACGUCAAGAAGAGUUCAGAAUGCUUGAUGGGUCUUUUGCAAUCAAGGGGACGAGGAAAACACAACUUGUUGGUUGGAUUAAAUCGAGUUUAGGGAACUUUACUACUUCUGUUAUGCAUCAGUAUAAGUUCAGGAGCUCAGUAAGGUUUGGGAAAAAUGGGAAUCAUAAAAAUGUCAAACAGAAUCUGAAGUCGAAGAGAGAAGUUAAAGUGAUGAAUGAAAUGGGUAUAUUGCUCAGUCGUGCGACUGUUAAAAGAAAGUAUCCACUCAAAGUUGUCACUUUAAAUCUGCCUGGAAAAAAGAAAGAUACUUAUAAGCUUAUUACAAAUGUUUCUCAUGCUUUCUUUCACCAGUACUCAAAGGGAAUGUUUUCAAGCUCUGUUAAUAACAAACAGGUUGCUAAUGGUUGGAUGGAGGUUAAAGAUCAUGAUGUUGUUGCAGGUGAAGCAGUCACUAACCAAACUUUAACUUGGAGAGAUGAUUCUGGCUGUUAUGUUCGUUCUGUUGCUGCUAUUGAUGGCAGCCUCGUAAGAGACAAUUCCACUUAUGUUUGUCCAUCUAUUGUGUAAUAUUUAUUUGAUUGUGUUGAUUUCUUUGUAGGCUGUUCUUUUGAAAUCUGCAAAUAAUGUGUCUUCUUUAUAUGUUUUAUUCCACAUUCAAUGCGGUGUAAUUUCAGAUUCUCUAAUCCAUUGCAAGGUUUCUUGCUUUAAAUUUGGCUUUCUUGGUUGCGUUUCCAUUAAACAUCUAACA